UACCUGGGGGCAUUCAGUGUCGAGCGAGAUACCGUGCUCUGCUCAGUAUCGCUUCAUCGGAUUCUGAUCACCGUGUGACCGAACGAUCGACAUCGCAAUGAGAAAUCACUUAUUUGUAUUCCUGGUCGUUCUAAUAUUUUCCACCUCUUUCAACCUCUCCCAAUGUGGGCAAGGUCGGCAGUCGCAGUCUACCAAAGAGGGGAAGAAGUUGAAUGACAGACGAAUUUCUGGUCUGAUGGCGUAUCCGAGGGUCGGUCGAUCCAACGUGCCGAUUCCUAACCUAAAUUUCAACGGUCGCCACGCCAUCGAACCAGACACAGAUUUCCAAUUUUACAGCCCCGAGUUUGACUCCGUCUCCGACAAAGAUUACGAAGAUCGUAUCCGUUCACCCAAAGAUUAUCAACUUUGGCAAAAGAUCGACGAUGGAAGAUUCGUUUAUCCCGGCUCGUUGCUACUCACUCGAGGUUCUCGAAACAUUCAACUGAAUGGUUACACGCCAAGACUUGGUCGUGAAAGCGACGUCGAUCGAACUGCCUGCAAAUGAUCUUCGAGGAUCUUCAGCUGCGACUCCAUGGAACUGACGCGAUCUGACCUAACCUAUCUCUAGCCGGUAACCAGCUACCCUCAACGAUGCCAGACCUAACCUUUCUUUAAUAUUACCAGGAGGUUAUACAAACAACAAAACUACGAGUCGAUUCUGUAUGUAACACACAACUGCGAGAAAUAUUGUUCGUAAAGAAUUUAUAGAAGAUUGUUCUACAUGUAAAGUGGUCCAUAGAAUUUUCGCUGACACACGAACGGGUAAUAAAGCUGGUGAAACGAU